AUGUCCGCCGCCGGUCCCAGCGGGCCAUCCGCUUCGGCAUCAGAUCCAACGGCUGCGCCGACUGCUACAUCUCCACCUCAAGAGGGCAUAUACGACGAGACAGUCCAAGAGCUUGAGCUAGACACUGCGACACCAUCUGACUCAGACGCGGACUCGGCCUUCGACGGCCACUCGACCGCAAGUACCUCACUAGCAUCCUCGAUCCUCAAUUACGAAUACUCCAACGGCCGCCGAUACCAUGGCUACCGCAGCGGCGCAUAUGUUCUUCCCAACGACGAAGACGAGCAAGACCGUCUCGACCUCCUUCACCAUAUCUUCCUGCUCAUCCUAAAUGGCAAACUAUACGAUGCGCCCAUUCCUCAAACCCCCACACGCAUCCUCGACAUCGGCACCGGCACCGGCAUAUGGGCCAUAGACUUCGCAGACGAGAACCCCGGCUCCGAAAUCCUAGGCACCGAUCUCUCCCCUAUCCAACCCUCCUGGGUGCCCCCAAACGCUAAAUUCUACAUCGACGACGCCGAGUCGGAGUGGGUGUACUCGCCGUCCGAAGCAUUUGAUUUCAUACAUGUACGGUGUUUGUCUGGCUCCAUCAACGACUGGGAUAAGCUAUGUACACAGGCAUACACACACUUGCAGCCGGGGGGUUGGCUCGAGUUCCAGGAACCCGAGGCGUGGGUUGUGAGUGAUGACGAUACAAUCCAGCAGGCGGAGAAUUUGCGCCACUGGCAGGAUCUGUGUAAUGAGGCGGCGGCGAAGUUCCAGAAGGAUAUAAGGUGUGCGGAUUCGUUGAAGCAGCGGAUGACAAAUUCAGGAUUUGUGGAUAUCCAUGAGAAGGUUGUGAAGGUCCCGAUAGGCCCCUGGCCCAAAGACCCGAAGAUGAAAGAAAUUGGUCGUUACCAGCGCGAACACAUGGCCAUGGGCAUCGAACCCUACACUCUCGGUUUCAUCGGCAAGAUACUCGGGUGGAGCGAGCAGGAAUGCAGAGUCCUCAUCGCAAAGGUGGUGAACGACGUGCGCAACAAGAAUCUGCAUAUGUAUAUUCGGUUCUUCUUUGUUUGCGGACGCAAGUCUGGGGCGUGA